AUGCCUACCCCAAAAUCGAUUCUUCGGUCUCAAAUCAAAGCCUAUAUCCGUCAAAUACCACAGUCUACUCUUGACCACCAAUCAAAGCUUAUUCUUAAUGCUUUGAAAUCCGUCAUUGAUGGUCAAUCGUCAGUUGCGUGCUUUAUGGAUAUGGGUCGCGGCGAAGUACGAACCCUGCCUAUAAUAAAAUAUCUUUUCGAUGCCCAUAAGCAUGUAUAUCUGCCAAGAUGCACCAACACUCAGAUCAGCGGUCAUCAAGUGCUUAGGCCAGGCGUCAAUUCACAUCCACAUCUGACAUUCCAUGAGAUGCAAAGCCUCGCACAUGUUGAGGCUCUUGAACCGCAGGGGAAAUAUCAACUACGCGAACCGCCAGUGCAAGAACCUCACCCACAUCCUCCUAAUCUUGAUGUUGUUCUUGUUCCUGGAGUGGCUUUCAGUCUCACCGGGGGCGCAAGAAUGGGUCAUGGUGCUGGUUUUUACGACGACUACAUUCACCGCACUUCGCACAGACAUGGGAAGCGUCCUCUGCUAAUAGGACUCGCUUUACAAGAACAAAUUGUUCCUCAAGUUCCAACUGAGGCUCAUGAUCACCACAUGGAUUGUAUUAUAUGCGGCGAUGGAACUGUCCAUUGGUUCAGUAAUACAAAGAACGCAUAA